GAAAUUUGGGAAGUGGGUUCGCAAUUGUCUGGGAUUAAUUUUGACCGGAGGGAUCGUCAUUCUGGGGCCUAGUUUGUCGGGAAUAGCUGCUGGACAGAAGGUGUAAGAAUCUGUUUUUGGGUACCUCUCAACCUUUCUUUGUCUUGCUCUUGUUCUUGUUAUCCAUCAUGUUGGUGAGAGCUAUUGUGGUUGAUUGUUGAUCCAAGAAGGGUGUACUUGAGGUGUUUGUAAUCCUCUAGCUAGUCUAGAGAGGACUUGUAAUCCCACCAAAGUCUAGUGGAGUUGUGGCUUGGACAAAGGUCCCGUGGUUUUUCCCGAUUUGGGUUUUUCACGUAAAAAUCGUGUGUCUUGUGCAUUCUAUUCUUGCUUGUGGUUGCUGCCCGGUUUCUCAACAGUGAUAUCAGAGCAUUAGGUUGUUUGGGGGCUGUGUUUGGUGAAUGGCAAGAAUGGAUGACUCAAGUGGAGCAAUGAUUAAGUUGACAUCAUCCAACUACUCUAUUUGGAAGCCACGGAUGGAGGAUAUUCUGUUUUGCAAGGAUCUCUAUGAGCCAAUUGAAAAUGGCAGCGAGAAGCCGGAAGACAAGACCGAGAAGCAAUGGGAGGUCUUGCAUAGAAAGGCGGUGGCAAUCAUUCGACAAUGGAUUGACCAAAGCAUCUUUCAUCAUGUUGCAAAAGAUACAAGAGCAGAUGAAUUGUGGCAAAAAUUGGAGUCCAUGUAUGAGAGGCAAUCGGCUCAAAAUAAAGCCUCACUCAUUCGAAGAAUUGUGAACUUGAAGUACAAGGAUGGGCAUAGUGUCUCGGAGCAUUUGAGUGACUUUCAAGGGCUUGUGAACCAAAUAACUACUAUAAAGUUAGCACUUGAUGAUGAAGUGCAAGCAUUGUUACUUCUCAGUUCUUUGCCGGAUAGUUGGGAGACUUUGGUGGUCUCACUUAGCAACUCAGCACCUAAUGGCAAGUUGACGAUGGACAUUGUCAAGGAUAGCAUGUUGAAUGAAGAGGCAAGGAGAAAAGAGUUGGGGAUUACAUCAGAGUCACAUGCUUUGGUGGCGGAUAAUUCUGGAAGUCGUGGAAGAAGCAGAAAUCGAAAUUCCAACUUCAAGAACUCUCAAAAUCGAAGUAACAGCCGAUGGAGAUCAAAAGGGAGAUCAAAAUCAGUGUCAAGACCAAGAAGAGAAAUCACAUGUUAUCAUUGCAACCAGCCCGGACACAUGAGGAGAGAGUGCAGAAUCUUGAAACGGGAACAAGCUAGAGGAAAAGGUGUGGAAAACCGAGAAAAAGAUGAUACUACUGUUGCUGCCACAGAUGGUGAUGUGGUCAUUAUUUGUGAUGCCGGUUUUUUUAACCUUGCUUGUCAAGAGAGUACAUGGGUUGUUGACUCAGGUGUCUCAUUCCAUGUGACCUCACGGGUUGAUCUUUUCUCUUCCUACACAAACGGUAACUAUGGUUGUGUGAGGAUGGUAAAUGAUGGCGCAUCAAAGAUUGUUGGCAUGGGUGAUAUUCAUCUAGAGACCAACACGGGUUGCAAGCUAGUCUUGAAGGAUGUGAGACAUGUUCGUGACAUGAGACUGAAUUUGAUAUCCAUGGGAAAGCUUGAUGAUGAUGGUUAUACCAACUAUUUUAGAGAAGGAAAAUGGAAGCUCUCAAGAGGUUCUCUUGUGGUGGCUAAAGGCAAGAAGGAAAGUACGCUCUACAUGACGAAUGCAAAGCAUAGCAAGGGAGGAAUCAAUGUUGCUGAGAAAGAUUCUUUCAUUGAGCUUUGGCAUAAGAGACUCGGUCAUUUGAGCGAGAAGGGGCUGCAAAUAUUGUCCAAGAAACAACUCUUGCCCGGAGCUAAAGGUACUCUUCUUAAAACUUGUGUUCAUUGCUUAGCCGGAAAAACUCAUAGAGUUGCAUUACAUAUAUUUCCACCUUCUAGAAGGAGUAAGGUACUUGAUCUAAUUCACACCGAUGUUUGUUUUAUGCGAGAUAAAACUCUUGGUGGUGCAAGCUAUUAUGUUACCUUCAUCGAUGAUCACUCAAGGAAGGUGUGGACAUAUGCUUUGAAAAUGAAGGAUCAAGUGCUAGAUGUUUUCAAGCAAUUUCAUGCUAAAGUGGAAAGGGAAACCGGCCUAAGUUGAAGUGUGUAAGGGCUGAUAACGGGGGAGAGUAUAGAGGUACAUUCGAAAGCUACUGCAGAUUGCACGGAAUUAAACUGCAAAAAAGUG